GCAGUACAUCUCAAAGAAGAAGAAGAAGAAGACAUCUGUAGUGUCAUGUAAUUAUGACAUAACCAAGGUUAUCCUGAAGAUACUGAAGAGGAAUAUGAAUAUCACUUGACAUAAACAAAGUUUCAUCUUAUCUCGCUCAGGUCGCCAUGAGCGUCCCCUGUAUCUUUUCCUCCGCUGGCCGAAGCUUCAGCCUGCCGUGUCCCGCCGCGGGUCUCCUCUGCUGCCGGCUGCUGGGCCCCAGCUCCACCAUCAGAAGAAACAUGUCCUCCAAAAGGCAAAUGGACCAUUUAGAGAGAACGGCGAACAACUACAGACAAAAUGCUCUGUAUCCAGCUCAAGUAUGUGGCAUCAUAAACGAGUCAGAGACUGUGAAGCGUUUAAGAUUAGCUGUCCAUCCUGACUUCAGCUUCAAAGCAGGACAGUGGGUGGAUUUUUUCAUCCCCGGCGUGGAGAAGGUGGGAGGUUUCUCCAUGUGCUCCAGUCCAGGUUUGCUGCAGAGGGAAGGCGUCAUUGAACUGGCCGUCAAAUACACCAAACACCCCCCAGCACACUGGGUCCACACCAUGUGUACAGUAGGCUCCCAGGUAGCCAUGCGUGUCGGCGGGGACUUCUUCUUCGACCCAUCGCCUUCUGACCCUUCCGUAGAUUUGCUGCUGGUAGCCGGUGGCGUCGGGAUCAACCCUCUGUUCUCGAUCCUGUUGCACACGACAGAUCUGCUGCAGCUCAACCACGCCUCUGGUGGGCGGGACUACAACAUAGGCUCUGCCCACCUCUGCUACAGUGCCAAGAACACUCAGGAACUGCUCUUCAAGAGCUCCAUCAUCGAGGCAUGUCGGGAGUUCCCUGACAAGUUUUCCUGUGACCUCCACGUCACGCAACAGAGCACAGACGUCGACUCACACCUCCAGCCAUUUAUCAACUGUGGGAGAAUCACAGAAGAGGAAUUGCGGGCUCAUGUGGAUCCGCAGAGGACUUUGUGUUUCCUGUGUGGGCCCCCACCCAUGAUUGAAGCUUUUUCAAAAACCCUUGUGGACUUAGGCCUCCCGAAAGACAGGAUCCUUUUCGAGAAGUGGUGGUAGAACCUCUUACCAGUUCCCAGAAACAGCAUUGUCCUCCUGGAUUGUGCUCCUCUUUGGCUCUUUAAGGGGGGGGGAUGUGUGGGGGUGUGGUGAGAAUGGAAAGCAACUAAAAUAUUCCAGUGAUAAGGAUAUUAAUAUGAGUGCUUGAGGACAUCCACCUCCGAUCCCCGCUACUGCAACCUGUGUCUGAUCUGCGAAAGGCCGCUGGGACCACAAGCAACUGACUCACAAAGACAGCAGAGAUGAUUUUAUUUCUUAUAAUCUUAAAAAGGAGGACUGAGCAGACUGUAAAAUCUCAACUUUACCCAGACAUUUUUCAGCUCACUGCCUUUAAUGAAUAUUGCAACAAAUCUGCAACUCUGUCUGAUGCACACAUCAUAACGCAGCUGUCACAUCUUCACAUCUGAUCUCAUUUACAUUCGCUUUUAUUUGCUUGAUGGAGGUUGUGCUUCAACAAAUUAGUAGGUGAUGUGCAGCCAAUUUUUCACCUAAAUAUGAAGGUGCUAUGACGGUUGCCUAUGCAAGCAUGUCUUGAAGCAGUAAUUUGACAUUUCGGAAAUGCUUCCUUGCCACAAGGUCACCUAUUCGCUAAAUAUGAAGCUACAGCCAGCAGCUAGAUAGCUCAGUCUGGAAACAGCACAGAACUUGGCUUUGUAAAGACGACAAAAUCCGCGUGGUGUCGCAUUUGUUUCAUCCUGACAAAAUAAACUUUCAUUUUAACAUAUAAACAAUUAGAUUUUCCCUCACCAAUCACUAGAGACCAAUGUAUCUGCCUGAAUAUAACGCCAUUUUAAGUCCACACUGAUGUGUAGCUAUGCCAACAUUCUGGUUUUGCUGGGUUUUUAAGACUAGAGCAGAGCAAAGUAAAAACAAAAUACGAAGUUGGGCAACACUGAAAAGACAAGCUGAUUUUGAACAGGCUCAGUAGCAGUGUCCGUCUUUUUUAUAGUGCUUGCCAUUACUGUUAUUACUCCUCAUUGGUUCUGGCGCACAGCUUGACAACAGCAUUAGUCCCGCCCAUGGCGCUGAUUGGCUAGCACUCAUAGGUUUGUUUUUUAUUUGAAUGAAGAAAACGCUUUCAUGUCACAAUGCCAGACAAAUCAGUCAACUCAAAUUCAAUUGAGUGGGUGGAUUCAAAAGGUGUGGACCCAGGCAAAACAGGCAGCUAGCUUUUUGCCCCUUUUUCAAGUCUUUAUGCUAUGCUAAGCUAACUAGCUGCUGGCUUUAGCUUAAAGGUAUGCUAUGAAGUUCGGUCUGUUGCUGUCAGUAAACACCCUCGCCCGUGAAUUGGAAAGUACAAGGCCAACCCCAGAUUCGCUCUCGUUCACCAUUUCGCUUGCUAUGUUUGCGUUUUUUCUAUGCCUGUUGCAUACAGUCUGCCAUCUGCUCCGACCUCACCUGACACGCCCAUAAAUGUCUCCAUCACAGACAAAGAGAAAAUACCGGCAGAGGGCGGAGUCUCUGCAGAUGAAUACACAGCCACACACUUCUGGUGGGUCAUAAAGGAUGUUUGAGGUAUGACUUCAUUAUGAGUCUAUAUAUUGUUUUUUUUCCCCAGAAGUUUCUGCAUAAUAUGUCUUUAAUAUUCAGUGGAAGGAAGUGGUGUUGAUCAUCUUAUGGAACGCUCAGCAAGAAAGUGACACAAUUCCCUGAAGGUCUGUUGCUUUCAAGUCCCAAGGAUAUGGCAAUCUGUACUGUUAUUUUACACUGCACAAACUUGUGUUAAAUACCUCUGCUUAAUUUUACUAUGUGAUCUAAGACGUGUUAUACCAUGUGUAUAUAUAUAUAUACCUCAGGUAGUUAUUUGCAGAACUGCAGAUUUUAGAGUUGUUUGACUGAGACACAUUGGAGUGAUUGUUUUUCCACAUUUUACUCACAUCGAAACUUCACACCGAGUGUAUUUAUAGAUGGAAAAAAGCUAACACUCUCCCACAUACUGGCCAGUGUCCCUGCCUGUUAUACUCAAUCACACAGUUACAUGCCUACACAGUGCCGAUCUCACAUACGCUUUUACUCAAUCACACACAUUCACAUGCCCAUAAACGAUUCCCAUCCCGGGGUGGAGCGAGUAUCCCACGGUGCACUGUAAUGGAACCUCCGGGUGGUCUCUGAUUGGCUUGGAUCACUGAACAUCCCUCGGAGAUGGUUGGGAGCUUCUCGUCGUCGACUCCCAGCGGGGGUUAUGCUGUUGAGACUCAUUUUCGAGUUGUUCUUGCGUGUGUUUUUUUUUCCUCAUAUGAGGAAAUGAGUUUAUGCUGGUAAAAUGAGGAAAUAAAGCAAAUUGAGUCUAUCUGUUUUUAGACACUUUAUUGACUUCUGCUUUUAUAUAAAGACUCACGUCACACUACUUAGACAAGACACAGGUGGUCCGAGAAAUAAUAAAUAGUUGAUUUAUAAUUUACACAUUUUUUCAAAGAAGAAACCUUUUGAAGGUCAGUUCUCCCAAAUUACAAAAAGCAUUUCACCUUGCCUCUCGUAUCUAAUCAAGCAGACAUUUGAAUUUGAGAUAUCCCUCUGACAUUUUUGCAACCACCUCAUUACAAUGGAGGCAACUUGUGAUCGUCCCAGCAAUGAAAAUAUGCAUUUAAAAAAGUUAAAUCGCAACGUCCCUGUUUCUCAACCAACCUCGGUGUAAUCAGUUUUCACGGGAAAUGAUUUCUACUGAAGAAAUGGUUCCCAAGAAACUGUCGUGUUUAUUUUAUGUACGUAAUGAGCACCACAAACAAAAUCCUGUCUUUCAAUCAAUCAUUCAUUUGUCCUGCUGAAGCUUACAACGUACGACAUGCAUUCGGUUGUGUGUGAGUGUGUGUAUCUAUCUGUCCACAGCAUAUCCGUCAAACUAUUGGACCAAUCAGCCUAAUAUCUUGUGUGCACAUUUAUGACUGUAUGGUCGACGACAUCUCGUGGUUGCUGUGAUUUACAACUGUUAAAAAAAUCUGUUUAAUACUGUCUAUGACUGACUCACUCUAUGACUCACUCUUCAUUUGCACAGCUCGAAACUGAUAUCCAUACAAAAGUUUGAGCUCAUUUUGAACUGGAGCAUCUGCAGAUUAAUUUCACUAAUUGUUAUUUUUACAAGACACUUCCACUGGGGGCAGCUGCUCCAAGGUUUUAUUUCGACCUCCGCACUGUGCCACACCACAUCAGGAGCAUUUUGGAAGAAGAGCGUUUUGUCUGCCUGGUGUUUGAUUUUGUUGAUUUGGUCAUUUUUUCUUGACAUUUGUGCUUCUACCUUAAAUACGUAGGCUAUGUAGUCAAAUUUGUAUUUAUUUUUUGUCUAUUUUAAUUGUACGUAUUGUCAUUAUUUACUAUUUUGUUGUGCUAUCGCCUACAGACAAAAUUAAUACUGUUCAAAGUCCAGUAACAAAUGACAUGGAUCAAAGGUGUCUGACUGUGUUUAAGUUAUUUAAAAAGUAUCUAUUUUUCUCAUGCAGAGCCUGUUAGCAGGAAAACUCCAUCUGCUCUGUGCAACACGCUGCAGCUCCGUCAAAAAUAGAAACGCACAGCAGCGCGUCUGCUGAAAUUAAAAUAACCGUCGAGGAUUUCAAGAAUUAA